AGAACAUCUUUUGCAUUUCUCAGAGACUUAUCUGUGCUUUUAAAAAAUCUUAACGCCGUUGAAAGAAGAGUAAAGUUCAGAUCGUGAGGUCAUCGUGGGCAAUUCUGUCGUAGAACACUGUCUGGAUGGACUUGUGUCAUCGUGUAUUGUGGUCGAAGAAUUGAUCAAAGGUGUGCUCUACUAUUCCAUCAUUCAAAAUGACGGGUGCACUAAAAAUAUGUGCGAUACCGGCGGAUCUGAAAGACGAGUUGGAGAGAUUUCGAUUUAGCAGAAAACGCUCAACAAAUGCCUUGAUAUUGAAGAUUGAUCCAGCGAAACAGCUCAUUAUGGUGGAUCAAAAACUUGAGGAUUGCGAUCCAAGUAUGAUCUGUGAUGAAUUACCAGUGCAACAGCCACGGUAUAUUGUAAUAAGCUAUAAGCGUGUACACGAUGAUGGACAUCUUUCAUAUCCACUCUGUCUUGUGCUCUACAGUCCAUCAGGAUCCAACCCACAAUUGCGAAUGAUGUAUGCUGGUAGUAGAAACAAUUUGGCGAAGGAGUGUGAGCUUAAUUAGGAAUUUGGAAAUUCGAGAACCAGAUGAACUAACAAAAGAGUUGUUGGAAUCAAAAUUGUAGAUUGCAACCUCCAUAUCACACCUCAUUUCGAUCUUUUUUAAACUUUCUGACCAUACGAAGCAUUUUGUCCAUUUGUCCUUUAUUUAGUCUUGUUUUUUGUUUUUUUUUUUAAAUUGUAGAUUGCAUCCUCCAUAUCACACCUCAUUUUGACCUUUUUUAAACUUUCUAACCAUGCGAAGCAUUUUGUCCAUUUGUCCUUUAUCUAGUUUUGUUUUUCUCAAUUUAGCUAUGAAUACUAAAAAAUCAAGGAAAGGUUUUCAUUAUUAGAGAGAAUAUUCCAU